UGCCCUCCCCUCGCGCGGGAUGCUUCUUGCUGCCUGACGAGCCGCGGGAGGAGCCGGGAGGCGUCGCGGACGGGCGGGACCGGGCAGAACGGAUGGCCAGUCAGUAGGCCAGCAUGGCGACCAUGGUUCCACCUGUGAAAUUGAAAUGGCUGGAGCACCUCAACAGCUCCUGGAUCACGGAAGACAGCGAGUCGAUCGCUACCAGGGAAGGCGUCUCCGUCCUCUACGCGAAGCUUGUCAGUAACAAAGAAGUGGUUCCCCUGCCUCAGCAGGUCUUUUGCCUCAAAGGGCCCCAGCUGCCUGAUUUUGAACGCGAGUCCCUGUCCAGCGAUGAGCAGGACCACUACUUGGACGCCCUCCUUAGCAGCCAGCUGGCUCUGGCCAAGAUGGUGUGCUCGGACUCCCCCUUCGCCGGGGCGCUUCGCAAGCGCCUUCUGGUCCUGCAGCGCAUCUUUUACGCCCUUUCCAAUAAGUACCACGAUAAAGGCCGGGUGAAGCAGCAGCAGCACUCUCCGGAAAGCAACUCAGGCUCCACGGACAUCCAUUCGGUCAGCGAGAGGCCCAGGUCGAGCACUGAUGCACUGAUCGAAAUGGGGGUGCGGACCGGGCUGAGCCUGCUCUUUGCACUGCUGAGGCAAAGCUGGAUGAUUCCGGCUGCGGGGCCCGGGAUCAGCCUUUGCAAUGACGUCAUUCACACAGCAAUUGAGGUGGUCAGUUCCUUGCCUCCUUUAUCUCUAGCCAACGAGAGCAAGAUCCCCCCCAUGGGCCUGGACUGCCUCUCUCAAGUAACAGUCUUUCUUAAAGGAGUAACGAUCCCCAACUCCGGGGCGGAUACCCUCGGGCGAAGGCUGGCUUCCGAGCUGCUGUUGGGCUUGGCUGCUCAGCGUGGCUCCCUGCGGUACCUCUUGGAGUGGAUCGAGAUGGCCCUCAGCGCAUCGGCCGUAGUCCACACCAUGGAGAAGACCAAGCUGCUGCAGACCUCAGAAGGCAUGAUCAGUUUUGAUUGUUUCAUGAUGAUUCUAAUGCAAAUGAGGCGGUCCUUGGGAUCCUCCGCAGACCGAAGUCAGUGGAGGGAACCAACCAGGACUUCCGAAGGGCUGUGCUCGCUCUAUGAGGCAGCCUUGUGUCUCUUUGAGGAGGUCUGCCGGAUGGCCUCGGACUACUCCAGGACAUGUGCCAGUCCCGAUAGCAUCCAGACUGGAGAGACUCCCAUUGUUUCUGAAACCUGCGAGGUGUAUGUCUGGGGCAGCAACAGCAGCCACCAACUUGUGGAAGGGACCCAGGAGAAAAUCCUUCAGCCUAAGUUGGCUCCAAGUUUUUCUGAUGCGCAGACAAUUGAAGCUGGCCAGUAUUGCACCUUUGUAAUAUCCACGGACGGCUCUGUUCGAGCUUGUGGCAAAGGCAGCUAUGGCCGGUUAGGAUUGGGUGACUCCAACAAUCAGUCCACUCUGAAGAAGUUGACUUUUGAGCCUCACCGGUCAAUCAAAAAGGUGUCGUCUUCAAAAGGCUCAGAUGGCCACACAUUGGCAUUCACCACCGAAGGAGAAGUCUUCAGCUGGGGGGACGGCGACUAUGGGAAACUGGGCCACGGAAAUAGCUCCACACAGAAAUACCCUAAGCUUAUCCAGGGACCUUUGCAAGGAAAGGUGGUGAUUUGUGUAUCAGCCGGGUACCGGCAUAGUGCUGCUGUCACCGAGGAUGGUGAAUUAUAUACCUGGGGAGAAGGAGACUUUGGCCGGCUAGGUCACGGUGACAGCAACAGCCGUAACAUCCCAACUCUCGUCAAAGAUAUUAGCAACGUUGGGGAGGUUUCCUGUGGCAGCUCUCACACCAUAGCGUUGUCCAAAGAUGGGCGAACCGUUUGGUCCUUUGGAGGAGGAGAUAAUGGCAAACUGGGUCAUGGAGACACCAACCGAGUGUAUAAACCCAAAGUGAUAGAAGCUCUACAGGGGAUGUUCAUACGGAAAGUGUGUGCCGGAAGCCAGUCUUCACUGGCUCUAACAUCAACUGGACAAGUGUCUGCCUGGGGCUGCGGGGCAUGCUUAGGAUGUGGCUCCUCAGAAGCCACGGCUCUCCGGCCCAAGCUGAUUGAAGAGCUGGCUGCCACGCGGAUCGUGGACAUUUCAAUUGGUGACAGCCAUUGCUUGGCCCUUUCCCAUGAUAAUGAAGUUUACGCUUGGGGCAACAACUCCAUGGGGCAGUGUGGCCAAGGGAAUUCCACCGGCCCCAUCACUAAGCCAAAGAAAGUGAGUGGCUUAGAUGGAGUCGCCAUUCAGCAGAUUUCAGCUGGAACUUCCCACAGCCUGGCUUGGACAGCCCUUCCCAGAGAUAGGCAAGUUGUGGCCUGGCACAGGCCGUAUUGUGUGGAUCUUGAAGAAAGCACCUUUUCCCACCUCCGUUCUUUCCUCGAGCAGUAUUGUGACAAAAUUAAUAGUGAGAUUCCUCCUCUUCCUUUUCCUUCCUCAAGGGAGCACCACACCUUCUUAAAGCUCUGUCUGAAGCUGCUCUCCAACCACCUGGCUCUGGCGCUGGCCGGCGGAGUGGCCACCAGCAUCCUGGGCAGGCAGGCAGGACCCCUGCGGAAUUUGUUGUUUCGCCUGAUGGAUUCCUCUGUCCCAGAUGAAAUACAGGAGGUGGUGAUUGAGACCCUGUCAGUUGGAGCGACGAUGCUGCUGCCUCCCUUGAGGGAGAGGAUGGAGCUGCUGCACUCCCUCCUUCCCCAGGGCCCUGACCGAUGGGAGAGCUUGUCCAAAGGGCAGAGAAUGCAGUUGGAUAUUAUUCUGACCAGCCUACAAGACCACACUCAUGUCGCCUCCUUGCUCGGCUACAGCUCCCCCUCUGAUGCCACGGACAUCUCCUCCCUCUGCAUCGCUUAUGGGAAUCUCUCUGACGCAGCCUAUGGGGCCCAGAGUCACCACCCUGAUACUCACCUGGCCGAAAUCUUAAUGAAAACUCUCCUGCGCAAUUUGGGGUUCUAUACAGAUCAAGCGUUUGGAGAGCUGGAGAAAAACAGUGACAAAUUUUUACUUGGGACGUCUUCCUCCGAGAACAGCCAGCCUGCUCAUCUCCACGAACUGCUUUGCUCCCUGCAGAAACAGCUCCUGGCCUACUGUCACAUUAACAGUGUCGGCGAGAACUCCAGCAGCGUGGCCCUCCUGCACAAGCACCUCCAGCUUCUCUUGCCUCAUGCCACGGAGAUCUAUUCCCGCUCAGCUACUUUGCUGAAGGAGAGCACUUGGAAUGGCAGCGUAGGUGAAAAAUUAAGAGAUGUUAUCUACGUGUCUGCAGCAGGAAGCAUGCUUUGCCAGAUCGUGAAUUCCCUGCUUUUGCUGCCUGUAUCGGUAGCCCGAUCUUUACUGAGCUACCUUCUGGAUCUCUUGCCACCUCUGGACUGCCUUAACAGACUCCUGCCGGCUGCGGUGCUUCUAGAAGACCAGGAGUUACAGUGGCCUCUUCAUGGCGGUCCUGAACUGGUCGAUCCAGCUGGAAUACCCUUACCUCAGCCUGCCCAGGUGUGGGUGUGGCUUGUGGACCUCGAGAGAACUGUCGCUUUGCUGAUUGGACGGUGUCUGGGUGGGAUGCUGCAAGGGUCGCCGAUGUCCCCCGAAGAACAGGACACCGCUUACUGGCUGAAAACGCCGUUGUUCAGCGAUGGAGUAGAAGUGGACGUUCCCCAGUUAGAGAAGUCAGUGGGUUCCCUGCUGGAGGUGGCUCUCUCUGGAAACGAGGAGCAAAAGCCUUUCGAUUACCGCCUGCGCCCGGAAGUCUCCACCUUUGUUGACUUGGCCCUGGGGUGCGCAAAGGAGCCAGCCCGCAGCCUCUGGGUCAGCAUGCAGGACUACGCUGUGAGCAAAGAUUGGGACAGUGCAACCUUGAGCAGCGAGUCCCUGCUGGACACUGUUUCCCGAUUUGUUCUUGCUGCCCUUUUGAAACACACAAAUCUGCUCAGUCAAGCAAGUGGUGAAAGCAGGUACCAGCCAGGAAAAACAUUAGUAGAAAUCUAUCGAUGCGUGUAUAAAGUUCGGAAUCGUUUGCUUGCUUGCAAGAAUAUGGAACUUAUUCCGACUCGCUCGUCUUCCAGGGAUAGAUGGCUGUCAGAUAAUCCAGAAUCGUCAGACAUCGAUGCUCAGGAAAGCCCCUUUACCCGGACCAUUGAUGAGGAAGCCGAAAUGGAAGAGCAGGCAGAGAGGGAAAGAGAGGAGGGGCACGCAGAGCAGGAGGAGGAAGAGGAAGAGAGAGAGCACGAAGUGAUGACCGCCGGCAAAAUAUUUCAAUGUUUCCUAUCAGCCCGUGAAGUAGCUCGCAGCCGAGACCGGGAGAGAAUAAAUGGUGGGCUGGGGCCGCAAGCAGAGGAUCAGCCCCCCCAGACCCAGCAGGAGCGUCGCGUCAGCAGAGACCUCCCGGAGGGCCAGGAUGUGUACACGGCUGCCUGCAAUUCGGUGAUCCACCGCUGUGCCCUGCUGAUCUUGGGGGUCAGCCCCGUGGUUGAAGAGCUGCAGAAGCGAAGGGAGGAAGAGCAGGCGCAGCCGCUCUCGGGCGGCACUCCAGAAGGGGGCGGCCUCAUGACCAGAAGUGAAAGUCUUAGCGCAGAAAGUCGUUCAGGCCACUCUACCUCAAGUUACAAACUGAUGAAAUCGAGGAGUGAAUCCGACCUCUCUCAGCCUGAAUCAGAUGAAGAAAAUUACUCGCUGAGCGGAAGGCGAAAUGUGGAUCUGGAUUUGGCAUCAUCGCAUAGAAAGAAAGUGUGUUUACUCCUUUUUGGCCAGUUGAGCCCCAGGAAAAAGAAGAGCUUCAAGCAAGUACACGAUGGCUUGGUCCACAGCCCGAUGGAAACUCUCAGCGACUCAUGGACUCGGCUAAAACAGCGCGAUUGGCUCUCCAGCUCUUCUUGCUUGUUCGGGGAGUCUGAGGUUGAUUUCACAAAAUCCGUUGGCAUUCAUACUUUGAUUGAGAACAUGAUUAGCUUUAUAAGUGGGGAUGUAGGAAGCUCCCCAGGCUUCAAGGAGCCCGAAGAAAGCAUGUCCACCAACCCCCAGGCUUACAUCAUUGCCAUGGAGCAGCAGCAGCAGAGAGCAGAGCUGCGCCUGGAGGCCUUGCACCAGAUCCUGGUUUUGCUUUCGGGGAUGGAAGAGAAGGGCGGCACGGCUUCCCUCGGGAGCCGCCAAGGACUGGGAUUCCAGUCUUCCUCAUUUCUCACUUCGGUGAGGCUGCAGUUCCUGGCCGGCUGCUUCGGCUUGGGAAGCGUGGGACACGCUGGAGCCAAAGGAGAGAGCAUCCGGCUGCACCACUAUCAGGAUGGCAUCAGAGCAGCCAAGAGAAGUAUCCAGACCGAGAUUCAAGUGGCGGUGCACAAAAUCUAUCAACAGCUGUCAGCAACUUUGGAAAGAGCCCUUCAAGCAAAUAAACACCACAUUGAGGCACAGCAACGGCUCCUGUUGGUGACUGUGUUUGCCCUAAGUGUGCAUUACCAGCCAGCCGAUGUCUCCUUGGCCAUUUCCACCGGAUUGCUGAACGUCCUUUCUCAGUUAUGUGGGACGGACACCGUGCUUGGGCAGCCCCUGCAGCUCUUACCCAAAAGUGGCAUUUCCCAGCUCAGCACCGCUUUGAAAGUGGCCAGCACGAGACUUCUACAGAUUCUCGCCAUCACCACCGGGACUUACGCAGAUAAAUUGAGCCCCAAAGUGGUACAGUCCUUGCUGGACCUGCUAUGUAGUCAGCUGAAGAACCUGCUGUCACAAGCGGGUGUGAUGCUUAUGACUUCUUCCUUUGGAGAAAAAGAAGUUGACGAUCAGGAUGAAAAAAAAACAGAAUCCAAAGGUGACACUGAGAGGAAAGACUUCAAAGUUGCCCUCCGAAAACAGCAUGCUGCAGAGUUACAUCUAGGGGAUUUCUUAGUUUUCCUCAGAAGAGUUGUUUCUUCCAAAGCCAUCCAGUCCAAAAUGGCUUCUCCAAAGUGGACAGAGGUGCUUCUGAACAUAGCUUCCCAGAAGUGCUGCUCAGGUGUCCCCUUGGUUGGCAAACUGAGGACCAGGCUGCUCGCCCUCCAUGUCCUGGAAGCCGUGCUGCCAGCCUGCGAAUCCGGUGUGGAGGAUGACCAGAUGGCUCAGGUGAUCGAACGGCUGUUUUCCCUCCUGGCCGAUUGUAUGUGGGAGAGCCCAGUUGCACAAGCCAAACAUGUGCUUCAGAUCAAAGAGAAAGAACAAGAAAUAAAGCUGCAGAAGCAGGGGGAGUCUGAAGAAGAGGACGAGAACCUGCCUAUCCAGGAGGUCUCCUUUGACCCUGAGAAGGCCCAGUGCUGCCUAGUGGAAAGCGGGCAGAUCCUCACUCAUGGAAGCGGAGGAAAGGGCUACGGGCUGGCAUCCACGGGCGUCUCGUCUGGGUGUUACCAGUGGAAGUUUUACAUUGUGAAGGAAAACCGAGGCAAUGAAGGCACGUGCGUGGGAGUGUCUCGUUGGCCCGUUCACGAUUUCAACCAUCGCACCACCUCCGACAUGUGGCUGUACAGAGCCUACAGUGGCAACCUCUACCAUAACGGGGAGCAGGCUCUGACCCUGACCAGCUUCACCCAGGGGGACUUCAUCACCUGCGUCCUGGAUAUGGAAGCCAGAACCGUUUCCUUUGGCAAGAAUGGGGAGGAACCCAAACUGGCUUUUGAAGAUGUGGAUGCCGGAGAGUUGUAUCCGUGUGUGAUGUUUUACAGUAGCAACCCUGGAGAAAAGGUGAAGAUCUGUGACAUGCAGAUGCGUGGCACCCCAAGGGACCUGCUGCCAGGGGAUCCCAUCUGCAGCCCGGUGGCCGCGGUGCUGGCGGAGGCCACGAUUCAGCUGAUCCGCAUCUUGCACCGGACCGACCGGUGGACGCACUGCAUCAACAAAAAGAUGGUGGAGAGGCUGUACAAAAUCAAAGGGUGCCUGAAAGAAAGUGGUCAGAAGCUGAAGAAAAGCCGCUCCCUGCAGAGUCGAGAGGAGAACGAAGUGCGCGAGGAAGAGGAGAAGAUGAAGCACUGCGGCCGGCCACACGGACUGGCCGACCUCUCAGAGCUGCAGCUGAAGACGCUCUGCGUGGAGGUCUGGCCAGUGCUGGCGGUGAUUGGCGGGGUGGACGCCGGACUUCGAGUCGGAGGACGCUGCGUUCACAAGCAAACCGGGCGGCACGCCACCUUGCUGGGCGUGGUCAAGGAAGGCAGCGCGUCCGCCAAGGUCCAGUGGGAUGAAGCCGAGAUCACCAUCAGCUUCCCAACUUUUUGGUCGCCUAGUGAUACGCCGCUCUAUAACCUGGAACCUUGCGAACCGCUGCCUUUUGAUGUUGCAAGAUUCCGGGGACUGACGGCCACCGUCUUGCUGGACCUCACCUAUCUGACCGGCAUCCAUGAAGACCUGGGCAAGCAGAGCAUUAAGCGGCACGAGAAGAGACACAAACAUGACCUGGAAGAUAAAGGAGACCCCGAUCAGAAGACGGAAGGCGACGCUGCGUCCGAGGUACGAUGUGUGUCAAGCACCGAGGAGCCGAAAGGACCCGGGGCCAAGCUGGAAAGCGAAAGCUCUUCCUUCUCUUUGGACGCCAUUUCCUUGGGCAUGGAGUGCCAGCAUCUGAACGCCGAGGGCAAAAAAAAGAACCACGAACACGCCGCCAAGAACUACGAGGCCGUGCAGUCAGAAAUCAGGGCCAUUCAACUGUCCUACCUUUACCUGGGAGCUAUGAAGUCCCUCAGCACGCUGCUCAGCUGCAGCAAGUACGCGGAGCUGCUUCUGAUCCCCAAAGUCCUGGCCGAGAACGGCCACAACUCCGAUUGCGCCAGCUCCCCCGUUGUCCACGAAGAGGUGGAGAUGCGCACGGCCUUGCAGUUCUUGAUGCGCCAUAUGGUGAAACGGGCAGUCAUGCGCUCACCCAUCAAGAGGGCGCUGGGAUUGGCGGACCUGGAGCGGGCACAAGCCAUGAUCUACAAAUUAGUUGUGCACGGACUGCUGGAAGACCAGGGCGGCUCCAAAGCCAAGCAAGAAAUAGACCAGCAGACCGAAGAGAAUGACCAGAGUCAGCAGGCCCAGACCCCCGUGACCACCAGCCCGUCUGCCUCCAGCACCACGUCUUUCAUGAGCAGCUCUCUGGAAGAUACGACGACGGCCACCACCCCUGUGACCGAUACAGAAACUGUGCCUGCCUCAGAGUCCCCAGGGGUUUUGCCACUCAGUCUCCUGAGGCAAAUGUUCUCCAGCUACCCCACCACGGCUGUCCUUCCCACCAGAAGGGCACAGACACCCCCCAUCUCCUCCCUGCCGACUUCUCCCUCGGAUGACGUGGGCAGGCGUCAGUCACUCACCUCUCCUGAUUCUCAGCCCGCCAGACCUGCCAAUCGCACAGCUUUGUCCGACCCAAGCAGCCGCCUGUCAACCUCCCCCCCUCCUCCUGCUGUGGCCGUGCCCUUGUUAGAAAUGGGGUUUUCCCUCCGGCAGAUUGCUAAAGCAAUGGAAACCACAGGUGCAAGAGGAGAAGCGGAUGCCCAGAACAUCACUGUCCUGGCAAUGUGGAUGAUUGAGCAUCCUGGGAAUGAGGAAGACGAAGAGCCUCAGUCAGAAGAAAUGGUGGAUGCCCGACACGGAGGCUUAGGCCCAGGAGGUGGUGGCAAGUCCAGCGACCAGAGCUACCUGCAGUCUCCAGGAGACUUGCCUUCAGCUGAUGCCCCUGAAUUGGAGGAAGGCUUUGGUGAAAGCCAUGAUAACAUGGAUCACACAGAAAAUGCCGCCUCUGGCAGUGGGCCCGUGGCAAGGGGUCGGUCAGCAGUAACCAGGAGACACAAAUUUGAUCUAGCUGCUCGAACGCUGCUGGCCCGUGCUGCGGGAUUGUACCGCUCUGUACAGGCCCACCGGAAUCAGAGCCGGAGGGAAGGGAUCUCCUUGCCGCAAGAUCCCGGCACGCUCUACGACUUCAACCUGGACGAGGAGCUGGAGCUGGAGCUGGACGAGGAGGCCAUGGAAGCCAUGUUUGGGCCGGACCUUGCCGGGGACAAUGACAUUCUGGGAAUGUGGAUCCCAGAGGUAUUGGACUGGCCGACCUGGCACGUUUGUGAAUCUGAAGACAGGGAAGAAGUGGUAGUGUGUGAGUUGUGCGAAGCCAGCGUGGCCAGCUUCAAUCAGCAUAUGAAGAGGAACCACCCUGGCUGUGGGCGCAGUGCAAACCGCCAGGGCUACCGCAGCAACGGCUCCUACGUGGACGGCUGGUUUGGUGGCGAGUGUGGAAGCGGGAACCCUUACUACCUGCUGUGCGGCAGCUGCCGGGAGAAAUACCUGGCCCUGAAGAGCAAGAACAAGUCCUCGGCCUCGGAAAGGUACAAAGGCCAGGCCCCUGAUCUAAUAGGCAAGCAGGAGACCGUCUACGAAGAAGACUGGGAUAUGCUGGACGUUGAUGAGGAUGAAAAGCUGACCGGCGAAGAGGAGUUUGAGCUGCUGGCUGGACCCCUGGGCUUGAAUGACCGGCGCAUCGUGCCCGAACCUGUCCAGUUCCCGGACAGUGACCCCCUUGGAGCCUCUGUGGCCAUGGUCACGGCCAUCAACAGCAUGGAGGAAACGCUGAUGCAAAUAGGUUGCCAAGGCUCUGUGGAGAAAAGCUCUUCGGGCAGGAUUACUCUGGGGGAGCAGGCGGCUGCUUUGCUAAAUCCCCACGACCGCAUCAUGGCCUUGAGACGGGUGACGGCAGCAGCCCAGGUCCUCCUGGCCAGGACUAUGGUCAUGAGAGCCCUCUCCCUGCUGUCGGUCAGUGGGUCCAGCUGCAGCCUGGCAGCAGGGCUGGAGUCCCUGGGUUUGACGGACAUCCGUACCUUGGUCCGCCUGAUGUGCCUGGCUGCAGCGGGGAGAGCUGGCCUCUCCACAGGCUCCUGCUCCGGGCUGAGCCCUUCCGAGAGGCCGAGAGGCAUCCAGAGCCAGAUGACCAAGCCCAUCUCCUGCCUGGCCUACCUGAGCACAGCAGUCGGCUGCCUGGCCUCCAACACCCCCGGGGCUGCAAAACUUCUGGUCCAGCUGUGCACUCAGAACUUGAUUUCAGCAGCUACCGGGGUCAAUUUAACGACAGUGGAUGAUCCCGUGCAACGAAAGUUCUUGCCGAGUUUUCUGCGAGGAAUAGCCGAAGAGAACAAACUCAUCACCUCCCCCAACUUUGUUGUGACCCAGGCCCUGGUGGCCUUGCUGGCCGACAAGGGGGCCAAACUGAGGCCCAGCUACGAUAAAGCGGAAAUGGAAAAGAAAGGGCCCCUGGAGCUGGCCAACGCCCUGGCCGCCUGCUGCCUCUCCUCCCGGCUGUCCUCGCAGCACAGGCAGUGGGCCGCUCAGCAGCUGGUGCGGACCCUCGCCGCUCACGACCGCGACAACCAAGGCAGCCCGCAGACCCUGGCAGACGUGGGAGGGGACCUGCGCAAGUGCUCCUCCAUCAAGCUGGAGGCUCAUCAGAACAGGGUCAUGACUUGCAUUUGGUGCAACAAGAAAGGUCUUCUGGCCACCAGUGGCAGCGACGGAACCAUCCGAGUGUGGAACGUCACCAAGAAGCAGUACUCGCUGCAACAGACCUGUGUCUUCAGCAAACUCGAAGGAGAUGCAGAAGAAAAUUUGGGGUCUCCCGGUGACCCCGGUUUCUCUCUCGCCUGCUGGAGUCUAAGUGGCAAGUACCUGGCGGGAGCCCUGGAGAAGAUGGUGAACAUAUGGCAGGUCAACGGGGGAAAGGGGCUCCUGGACAUCCAGCCUCACUGGGUCUCUGCCCUCGCCUGGCCUGAAGAAAGUUCCUCCGCAGCCUGGACUGGAGAUGCGCCAGAGUUCCUGCUGGUGGGGCGGAUGGACGGCUCUCUGGGACUGAUUGAGGUCCUGGACGUUUCCACCAUGCGCAGGAUUGAACUGGAACAUUGCUACAGGAAGGACGUGUCGGUGACCUGUCUUGCCUGGUUCAGUGAGGAGAGCCCUUUUGCUGUCGGCUACGUGGAUGGGAAGCUCUUGAUAGGCACGAGGGAAGCCCGGGAGAGCGGAGGGAUUGUUUUGGUGGAUGCACACAAGGACACCCUUGUCAGCAUGAAGUGGGACCCCACCGGGAAGAUUCUCAUGACCUGUGCGAAGGAAGAGUCGGUCAAGCUCUGGGGCUCCUCGGGGAGCUGCUGGAGGCACUUGUGCAGCCUUUCCCACCAGGCCGUGGUGAAUGCCCUGGUCUGGUGCAGCCUCCUGGGGAAAGGCCCCAAGCUGCAGCUGCUGCUGGCCACCGGGUGCCAGAAUGGCUUGGUUUGUGUUUGGACAGUUCCCCAAGACGAGCUGGUCUUCCUGCAGUCGAGCCUGAGCUGCUCUGAAGAGUGGUGGGACGAAGACAUCGGCGGGAAGGAUGCCGACCGAAAAGUAGCAGAAACCAAGUGUGUUUAUCAGCUAAAAGGACACAUCACACCUGUGCGGACGUUGACUUUCAGUUCUGACGGACUCACCUUGGUCUCUGGGGGACUCGGGGGACUUAUCAACAUCUGGUCUCUCCGGGACGGGUCUGUCCUGCAGAGCGUGGUGAUCGGUUCCGGAGCUAUUCAGACGGUGGUUUGGAUCCCUGAGGUUGGAGUUGCUGCUUGUUCUAGUAGAUCAAAGGAUGUCCUGGUGGUGAAUUGCACUUCGGAAUGGGUCUCUUCCAACCACGUCUUAGCAACAUGUAGGAGCGCUUUGAAACAACAGGGCAUUUUUGGCUUAAACAUGGCCCCAUGUAUGAGGGCUUUCUUGGAACGGUUGCCCAUCAUGCUGCAGGAACAGUACACCUACGAAAAGCCCUACGUGGUUUGUGGAGACCAGCUUGUUCACAGCCCCUACAUGCAGUGCUUGGCUUCCCUGGCCGUGGGGCUGCAUCUAGAUCAGCUCUUGUGCAGCCCACCCAUCCCUCCGCAUCACCAGGCCUGCCUCCCAGACCCCUCGGCCUGGAACCCCACCGAGUGGGCCUGGCUGGAGUGCUUCUCCAUGACAGUCAAGGCUGCAGAAGCGCUGGCCAAGGGAGACACCUUCCCAGAGUCCUUCACUGUCCCAGACCUGGAACCGGUGCCGGAAGAAGAACUGGCCCUCCUUAUGGACAACGGAAAAUGGAUCAAUGGCAUGGAUGAGCAGAUCAUGUCCUGGGCAACAUCACGCCCGGAGGACUGGCACCUUGGGGGGAAAUGUGACGUGUGCCUCUGGGGAGCAGGAAGGCAUGGGCAGCUGGCAGAGGCUGGAAGGAACGUCCUGUUGCCCGUCUUGGCCCCCUCCUUCUCACAAGCACAACAGGUCAUUUGUGGCCAAAACUGCACAUUUGUGAUCCAAGCGAAUGGAACAGUUUUGGCUUGCGGAGAAGGGAGCUACGGUCGGCUGGGACAAGGAAAUUCCGAUGAUCUUCACGUGCUCACCGUCAUUUCAGCUUUGCAGGGUUUUGUUGUCACCCAGCUGGUGACAUCUUGCGGUUCUGAUGGACAUUCCAUGGCUUUGACGGAGAGUGGAGAGGUUUUCAGCUGGGGAGACGGAGAUUAUGGCAAAUUGGGACACGGAAACAGCGACCGGCAACGCCGGCCAAGGCAGAUAGAAGCUUUGCAAGGAGAAGAAGUGGUCCAGAUGUCCUGUGGCUUUAAGCAUUCGGCUGUAGUGACUGCAGAUGGCAAACUCUUUACAUUUGGGAACGGCGACUACGGACGGCUGGGAUUAGGCAACACCUCCAACAAGAAGCUUCCCGAGAGGGUGACGGCACUCGAGGGGUACCAGAUUGGAGAGGUGGCCUGUGGACUCAAUCACACCAUCGUCGUAUCUACCGACGGUUCCAUGGUUUGGGCUUUUGGGGACGGAGACUACGGGAAGCUGGGCCUGGGAAAUUCAACUGCAAAGUCCUCACCACAGAAAGUAGACAUUCUUUGUGGAAUAGGAAUCAAAAAAGUUGCCUGUGGCACCCAGUUUUCAGUGGCUUUGACGAAGGACGGGCACAUCUACACUUUUGGGCAAGACCGGCUGAUCGGCCUGCCGGAAGGACGAGCCCGAAACCACAAUCGGCCCCAGCAAGUCCCGGCCCUCUCGGGGGUUUUCGUGGAGGACGUUGCUGUAGGAGCAGAGCACACGCUGGCGCUCACUUCGGCCGGGGAUGUCUACGCCUGGGGCAGCAAUUCUGAAGGCCAGCUCGGGUUGGGCCACACCAACCACAUCCGGGAGCCCACUCUGAUCACCUGUCUGCAAGGGAAAAACAUCCGGCAGAUCUCAGCUGGGCGAUGUCACAGCGCUGCCUGGACUGCCCCACCCACCCCCCCUCGAGCACCAGGGGUGUCGGUGCCAUUGCAGCUGGGCUUGCCGGACGCCAUUCCGCCUCAGUACGGGGCCCUGAAGGAAGUGAGCAUCCAUACCGUCCGGGCGAGGCUCCGGCUGCUCUACCACUUCUCCGACCUCAUGUACUCCUCGUGGAGGUUGCUGAACCUCAGUCCCAACAACCAGAGCAGCACAUCCCACUACAACGCCGGCACUUGGGGGAUCGUCCAAGGGCAGCUGAGGCCGCUGCUGGCACCCCGAGUCUACACACUGCCCAUGGUGCGCUCCAUUGGGAAGACGAUGGUCCAGGGGAAGAACUACGGCCCCCAGAUCACGGUCAAGAGGAUCUCCACCAGGGGCCGGAAGUGCAAGCCCAUCCUGGUUCAGAUCGCCAGGCAGGUGGUCAAGCUGAAUGCCUCCGAUCUUCGGCUGCCCUCUCGGGCCUGGAAGGUGAAGCUGGUGGGCGAAGGCGCUGACGAUGCCGGGGGCGUCUUCGACGACACCAUCACAGAAAUGUGCCAGGAACUUGAAACUGGAAUUGUAGACCUGCUGAUUCCUUCCCCAAACGCAACAGCCGAAGUUGGCUACAACAGGGAUCGGCUUCUCUUGAACCCCUCGGCCUGCCUGGACGAGCACCUGACGCAGUUCAAGUUCCUGGGCAUCCUGAUGGGCGUGGCCAUCCGCACCAAGAAGCCCCUGGACCUCCACCUGGCCCCCCUGGUCUGGAAGCAGCUCUGCUGCAUCCCGCUUGCCCUGGAGGACCUGGAGGAGGUGGACUUGCUCUACGUCCAGACCCUGAAUAGCAUUCUUCACAUUGAAGACAGCGGCAUCACCGAGGAGAACUUCCACGAGAUGAUUCCUCUAGAUUCCUUUAUCGGCCAGAGUGCAGAUGGGAAAAUGGUGCCCAUCAUCCCCGGUGGGAACAGCAUCCCCCUCACCUUCUCAAACCGGAAGGAGUACGUGGAAAGAGCCAUCGAGUACCGGCUGCACGAAAUGGAUCGCCAGGUGGCCGCCGUGCGGGAAGGAAUGUCCUGGAUCGUGCCUGUGCCUCUGCUGUCCCUGCUGACGGCCAAGCAGCUGGAGCAGAUGGUCUGCGGCAUGCCUGAGAUCUCGGUGGAUGUGCUGAAGAAGGUGGUGCGCUACCGCGAGGUGGAUGAACAGCACCAGCUGGUCCAGUGGUUCUGGCACACGCUGGAAGAGUUCUCCAAUGAGGAGCGGGUCCUUUUCAUGAGGUUUGUGUCCGGAAGAUCUCGCCUGCCAGCAAACACGGCGGAUAUUUCUCAGCGGUUCCAAAUCAUGAAGGUCGAUAGGCCUUACGACAGCUUGCCUACCUCACAGACCUGCUUCUUUCAACUGCGUCUCCCACCGUACUCCAGUCAGCUUGUCAUGGCGGAGCGGCUGCGCUAUGCAAUCAACAAUUGCAGGUCGAUCGAUAUGGACAAUUAUAUGCUGUCCCGAAACGUGGACAAUGCCGAGGGCUCCGACACGGACUAUUAACUGUGGACAAAAAUCCUCUCUCUCUCUCUCUCUCUCUCUCUCUCUCUCUCUCUCUCUCUCUCAGAAUGCCCACACCGGAUUUCAGCGCUGACAUGGUUUUACAGUAAAGGUAGAUGUUUUAGGAAUAUAAACAGUGGCCACCUUUUUAGUUACUCUAAAUGUAACAAAAUUUAGAUGUGUUUAUUUUUUGUGACUGUAAGCAGAAAAAUGCAAAAAAGUGAGAUCAGUAAAGUUUUCCCCCUUUCCCCCUCUUUUUGUUCACUUUUGAUAAGUUUGCAUGGAGCCUUUCUGGUGCACUUUUGUUGGGAAUGGAGCCUUGUUUCCCUUUCCCAGUGAAUCUGAAGAGCUGUACAUUGUGUAUAAUUGUUCAUUAGAAAGGACAGUUUUACAUGAAUAUUCAUAUAUUUAUUUUUGUUUUAAUUUGAAAUGCCUGUGCAGGGUUCCCUAUUCAAAUAAAGCAGAUUCAAGAAGCAAA